ACCCGCGUCCCGUGGGCGGUGACGCCCCUGGCUUAUCCCUUCCGCCUCCGCCCCUUCCAGAACAGAGAAGGUCUCCGACCUUCGUGCUGACGCGCUCGCGCGCGCUAUAUAACCGGCAGGUCCGCGGCCUUUCGUCGCCACGGUUGCAGAGCCAGCGAGAGACGCGACUUGCUUUUCGCUUCAUCCGUAGCGAGCUUACGAGUUGCUGCCCAUCACUUUCUUGGUCGUCUCUGAUCGAUCGGCCUGAGCUCCCGGCAGCGGAAGCGGAAGGAGAGGAGGAGGAUGAGCUCGGUGUGCGCGAGGCCCGUGGGCUCGGGCUGCUACUUCGCCGGGGCCAGGGGCCAGCGGCGGGCGCGGGUGCGGGUGGCCGCCGCGGCGGCGGUGGCCGCGCCGGCGUCGAAGGCGACGAUGUACGAGGUGCUGGCGGUGGAGGAGACGGCGGGGCCCGAGGAGAUCAAGGCGGCGUACCGGCGCGCGGCGCGGCGGUGGCACCCGGACGCGUGCCCCGGCGGCGCCGACCGCUUCAUGGCGGCGCGGGAGGCCUACGAGAUGCUGUCCGACCCGGAGCGCAGGCGCGGCUACGACAUCCAGCUCCGCUGCGGCGGCUUCGGCUUCGGCGACGCGGGCUGCCGCGCUGCGCGGCGCGCGGGGUUCGCCGACUGGGAGGCGCAGCUGGCCGGGCUGCAGUGGCGCGCGGCGGAGCGGCGCGGCCGGGAGACGUGGGGCAGCAGGAUGCGCCGGGCCGCCGCGUAGCAGACCCGGUAGGGGUGGCGUCGUACAGUAGGUGCUUGUUGAUAUAUUUUUUUCCACUCCUCUUUCUUCUUUCUCGCUCCAGCGUUCGCGCUGUUUGUAGUGUACGGGAAGCUCAGGAAUACUAUGGUGUACAGAAGUAGUGAAGCAAAACAUUUUCGUUUUAAGUACUAUUAGCCUAAGACCCUUUGAGGUGCAGUACGGUUAAAUUUUAA